ACUGUUUGCUGGUCCCCGGGUUCUGCACCGUUAGGGGUUUCCAGGUGGUUUUGCUGCCUUCUCUGUGCCGAGCCGCACUGACUUUCUUCACGUAGUCGCUCUUCCCGCAGCUGCCCUCGCUGCCCGGAGCCCCCGCCUGCCAUUCUUGUUAUCGGGCUCCGUUUGCCCGUUUCUCAGAGAGGCCCUGGAGUGAGUGGCCAGGCCACAUAUGACUCGCCCGUAGCACCUGUGGCUCUGGCGCGGCCACACGCCAGCCUGACUUUCUUGAUGAGUCCGUGGAUGGGGGCCUGCGUGUUCCCCUCACUGGGUGUGGGGUGUGGAAGAAGCAGGUGGAAGAAGGGACUCUUCCCGUAACCCCCCAUACCUCACCUUUCCCCUCUGGCAUGGCAGGGAUUGAGCAGUGCGUGGGUGGUCCUGGACCUCGCCUUUUGUGAACACCCAGAGAGCCCUGGAGCUCACUCUUCUGGAUGAGAAGCGGGUGAUCCCUCCUUUCCCUCUACCCUCCUCAUUUUGACCCUAACUGAACCAAAAGCAGACCUGCCUGGCACUGGGUUUUGUUUCUGCGCAGCCUGUGCAGGAGACGUGGUGGACGCGGCGUCUCCGUGCUCUGUGGCAAACGACCUGCGAUGGGACCUGAGCGCCCAGCAGAUAGAGGAGCGCACCAGGGAGCUCAUUGAGCAGACCAAGCGCGUAUACGACCAGGUGGGCGCCCAGGAGUUUGAGGACGUGUCCUAUGAGAGCACGCUCAAGGCGCUGGCCGACGUGGAGGUCACCUACACAGGACAUCCGAACGGCCAGCACGGAGGCCGACAAGAAGCUCUCUGAGUUCGACGUGGAGAUGAGCAUGAGGGAGGACGUGUACCAGAGGAUUGUGUGGCUCCAGGAGAAAGUUCAGAAGGACUCACUGAGGCCCGAGGCUGCACGGUACCUGGAGCGGCUAAUCAAGCUGGGCCGGAGAAAUGGGCUUCACCUCCCCAGAGAAACUCAGGACAAAAUCAAAAGCAUCAAGAAGAAACUGAGCCUCCUGUGCAUCGACUUCAACAAGAACCUGAACGAGGACACGACCUUCCUGCCCUUCACGCUCGAGGAGCUAGGAGGGCUCCCCGAGGACUUUCUGAACUCCCUGGAGAAGACGGAGGACGGCAAAUUGAAGGUCACCCUCAAGUACCCCCAUUACUUCCCCCUCCUGAAGAAAUGCCACGUGCCCGAGACCAGGAGGAAAGUGGAGGAGGCCUUCAACUGCCGCUGCAAGGAGGAGAACUGCGCCAUCCUCAAGGAGCUGGUGACGCUGCGGGCCCAGAAGUCCCGCCUGCUGGGGUUCUGCACGCACGCCGACUAUGUCCUGGAGAUGAACAUGGCCAAGACCAGCCAGACCGUGGCCACCUUCCUAGAUGAGCUGGCGCAGAAGCUGAAGCCCCUGGGGGAGCAGGAGCGGGCGGUGAUUCUGGAGCUGAAGCACGCGGAGUGUGAGCGCCGGGGCCUGACCUUCGACGGCCGCAUCCAUGCCUGGGACAUGCGCUACUACAUGAACCAGGUGGAGGAGACGCGCUACCGCGUGGACCAGAACCUGCUCAAGGAGUACUUCCCCGUGCAGGUGGUCACGCAGGGGCUGCUGGGCAUCUACCAGGAGCUCCUGGGGCUGGCCUUCCACCACGAGGAGGGCGCCAGCGCCUGGCACGAGGACGUGCGGCUCUACACCGCCAGGGACGCGGCCUCGGGGGAGGUGGUCGGCAAGUUCUACCUGGACCUGUACCCGCGGGAAGGAAAGUACGGGCACGCGGCCUGCUUCGGCCUGCAGCCCGGCUGCCUGCGGCAGGACGGGAGCCGCCAGAUCGCCAUCGCGGCCAUGGUGGCCAACUUCACCAAGCCCACAGCCGACACGCCCUCGCUGCUGCAGCACGACGAGGUGGAGACCUACUUCCAUGAGUUUGGCCACGUGAUGCACCAGCUCUGCUCCCAGGCGGAGUUCGCCAUGUUCAGCGGGACCCACGUGGAACGGGACUUCGUGGAGGCGCCGUCGCAGAUGCUGGAGAACUGGGUGUGGGAGAAGGAGCCGCUGCUGCGGAUGUCUCGGCACUACCGCACGGGCAGCGCGGUGCCCCAGGAGCUCCUGGAGAAGCUCAUUGAGUCCCGGCAGGCCAACACAGGCCUCUUCAACCUGCGUCAGAUCGUCCUCGCCAAGGUGGACCAGGCCCUGCACACGCAGACGGACGCAGACCCCGCCGAGGAGUACGCGCGACUCUGCCAGGAGAUCCUCGGGGUCCCGGCCACGCCAGGAACCAACAUGCCUGCAACCUUCGGCCACUUGGCGGGUGGCUACGAUGCCCAGUACUACGGGUACCUGUGGAGCGAGGUGUAUUCCAUGGACAUGUUCCACACGCGCUUCAAGCAGGAGGGCGUCCUCAACAGCAAGGUCGGCAUGGAUUACAGAAGCUGCAUUCUGAGACCCGGCGGCUCCGAGGAUGCCAGCGCCAUGCUGAAGCGCUUCCUGGGCCGUGACCCCAAGCAGGACGCCUUCCUCCUGAGCAAGGGGCUGCAGGUCGGGGACUGCGAGCCGCAGGUCUGCUGAGGCCCGGCACUGCGACUGCCCAGACUGGCCCGCACUCCCGCCGCCCUGGUGCCUUAGCCCCUGGCCCAGGAUGGGGCAGGCUCUGGCAUAGUGCCCGGGACUGGCAGGGUGGCUGAGCGGCUGUCUCUUGUCUCUUGUCAUUGUCUGUCCCCACCCGGUGGCCCACCCGGCUAGAGACGGCGUCCUCAAGACAUCUGGAGGGCUCUCGUGGCUGCCAGGGCCUCGUCUUUGUUGCACUAACACGCCCCCUCCCUGGGAAACGUCCCUGGUCAGGAGAUGGCUCGUCUUUGAAAUGAAGUCAUUAAAAGGAAACAGAAAAGGA